AUGGCCCCAACCAAUUAUGCCAAGGACGAGAAGGUCCUAUGUUUCCACCAUGACAUCCUUUACGAGGCCAAGAUCCUUGACGUGCGGCACAAGGAUUCCUCGGAUAAGAAGAGCCCGUUCGAGUACCUGGUGCAUUAUAAAGGGUGGAAGAACACCUGGGACGACUGGGUUCUUGAGGACCGGUUGCGCAAAUGGAGCGACGAGAACCGUGAGCUAGCUGCCAAUAUACGCCGUGAUGCUGAAGCUUCUCUUCGGGCAAAGAACGUGAAGCCUGGCAGCGCGACUAAAAAGCGGGCCAUGUCAGAGCGCAGUUCUGUGCGGGACAGCGAGGAGCGUGGUAACUCUGUCUCUGGUCGGGGCAACAAGCGUGCUCGGGACAAUGAUAUUGAAAGAUUCUCUUUCUUUUCCCCAUCCAUUUCCCUUCGCCACCCUUCCCUUCCAAUUGUGCUACACGUCAUCAUGCCUCCCUAUUUCAUCGUCGUUCGGUCGAGAGCCCCCAUGCCCGAGGGCUACAGAUUGCUUUAUGGCACCGUUUUGCACUCCCUUUGCUACGACGGUAUCACACUACCAGCCACGGCAUACAACACUGCGACGGAUGCAAACCUGCUGCAGCUGAUGAAUGCGAUCAGAGGUGCUUCUACAGAAGAUAUCCCGGGGCACACCCAACAAUCCGCGGAUGUUGCCCUAGCGCAGACUUCCGAAGACUUCUGGAAGCCUGUUCGCCACAAUGGAGUGGUCAAACCCAAAUGGAUCGCCGAUCUAACAUCAGAGCAGGAAGAGAGUUUCCAAGCACGCCCUUCGAUCCGAAUCGUCAUGCCGGACAAUCUUAAAUCACUGAUUGUCGAUGACUGGGAGCGCGUCACCAAAAACGCCUCCGUUGUUCAACUGCCUCAUGACAAGUCUGUCUAUCAAAUCCUCCAGGAUUGGCGCGCCGAUGAGGUCCCCAAGCGCCACCCCUUCGACAUUAGCGUCAUGGAUGAAAUCAUCGCCGGCCUGUCCGAGUACUUCGAAGUCGUAAUCGAUAAACUCCUCCUUUACCGUUAUGAGCGCCAUCAAUACCGCGUCCUGAAGAAGAGAUUCUUCGGCAACAAGGAGAAGACGCCUCUCCAUGUCUAUGGUGCUGAGCACCUCAUCCGGCUCCUCAGCAUUCUUCCUGAGCUCUUAGCCCAGACAAAUAUGGAGUACAAGAGCACAGGCCGCUCUCACGAAGAACUUUCCAAAUUUGCCAUCUGGCUCAGCCGUAACUCGGAGAAGUACUUCCCUGGAAAGUAUGUGCUUGCCACCGAGGUCGAGGAUGAAGAAUAA